AUGAGCAACACCGCACAUCACAACAACGAAAGCACGCAUACCGACUCUGAUAUAGCACCACCUCUAGCCCUGAAGUCUGAGCCAUACAGCAUAUUCGACAGGCGGCAGAAGGCAAUAAUUGUGUUCCUUGUCGCAGUCGCAGCCACUUUCUCCGGCUUCGCCAGCAAUGCAUACUUCCCUGCGAUCACAGCCGUCGCAAGGGACCUGCACGUGUCGAAUGAGCUGAUCAACCUCACGAUAACAGCUUAUCUCGUCUUUCAAGGUCUGGGGCCCAGUCUGUGGUCACCACUCUCGGAUGUCAAAGGACGACGAAUUGCAUACAUCUGCUGCUUCAUAGUCUUCAUUGCCGCCUGUAUAGGUCUCGGACUAUGCCAGAACUAUGCCACCCUACUGGUGCUACGAAUGCUACAAAGCGCGGGCAGUGCGUCAACGAUAACAAUUGGGUCAGGAGUCCUGGGCGACAUUACGACACGCGCUGAGAGAGGCGGCUACAUGGGCAUAUUCCAGGCAGGCUUUCUGACGCCAGUCGCAAUCGGUCCAGUGAUCGGAGGUGCCCUUGCUGGCGCUCUCGGCUGGAGGUCAAUCUUCUGGUUCAUCGUUAUUUACUGUGGGAUAUUCCUAGCAAUUCUUGUUCUGGUACUGCCAGAGACUCUCCGCUACAGGGUCGGAAACGGUAGCCGGCUCCCCACAGGAUUGAUCGGCAGGUGGCCACUCGUUCUCUAUCAGAAGACAACGAAGGUCCAGUGGGCUUCUUCUCCGCCUGCGGCUCGUCCAUCCAAGAAGCACGUCAACGUCCUUGGGCCACUCCGAAUCCUCACAAGCAAGCAAGCUGCACCAAUCAUUCUCUUCCUCUCGAUACAGUAUACGGUCUGGUAUAUGGGCAUAUCGGCUAUAGCCACUUUGUUCGAGGAACGCUAUAGACUUUCUGAGACCCAGAUCGGCUUGACAUUCAUCGCGAACGGGGUGGGGUCGAUGCUCGGUACGCUCACCACCGGGAAGAUUCUUGACAUCGACUUCCAGAAGAUCCAGAGAAAGCUGGCGGAAGAGUCUGGAUCUGAUGGCACGGCUCCUGUCGACCCUACCGAUCCAAAGUUUCCACUCGAGCGUGCUCGUCUCCGGCUCAUGCCAGCCUUCACCAUUGUUCAGGUCUUGUCUCUGUUACUGUUCGGCUGGACGGUGCAUUACUCAGACAAAGUCCCUCUCGCCAUACCGAUCAUCUCCACCUUCGUCACGGGAUGGACAGCGGUAGGCAUGCAGUCUGCCAUUACGACGUACCUGGUCGACGUCUUCUCGGACCAGAGCGCUGCAGCGAGCGCGAGUCUGAACUUGGCGAGGUGCUUGCUGGCUGCUGGCGGUACGAGCAUCAUCAUACCAUUGAUCAACGCCAUAGGGGUCGGCUGGGCAUUCACGCUUUGCGCUGUGGUGCAGAUACUAAGCCUUGCUGGUGUCUUUGUCCAGUGGAAGUUUGCUGGGAAGUGGCGCCAGGAGGCUGAUGAGAAGAGCGCGACGAGUUGA